AUGGGUGUUCCUGCGCUCUUCCGAUGGCUCUCCAACAAGUAUCCGAAGAUCAUCUCUUCGGUGAUUGAGGAGCUGCCUCAAGAAGUGAACGGAGAGGAGAUUCCGGUCGACACCACGCGCGCCAACCCCAAUGGCGAGGAGAUGGACAACCUUUAUCUCGACAUGAACGGCAUCGUUCACCCAUGUACCCAUCCAGAGGGCAAGCCCCCACCAGCCAACGAGCAGGAGAUGAUGUUGGAGAUCUUUAAGUAUACCGAUCGUGUCGUGAACAUGGUCCGGCCAAGAAAACUGCUCAUGAUCGCUAUUGAUGGUGUUGCGCCGAGAGCCAAGAUGAACCAACAGCGCGCACGUCGAUUCCGCUCCGCUCAAGAAGCCCGGGAAAACGACGAGAAGAAGGAGGAGCUCCAGAAGUUACUCGAUAGGCAACAGGCCAAGAAAACUGGCCACGCGGCUAUUCAGGAGGAAGUCAUCCAGAAAACCUGGGAUAGCAACGUCAUUACUCCCGGAACCCCCUUCAUGGAUAUUCUUGCCGCUUCGUUGCGAUAUUGGAUUGCCUACAAGCUUAACACCGAUCCGGCAUGGGAAAAGAUGAAAAUCAUUAUCUCGGACGCAACUGUUCCCGGAGAGGGAGAGCACAAGAUCAUGGAGUUCGUGCGUUCUCAGCGCGCGUCACCGGAACACGACCCCAACACCCGCCAUGUUAUUUAUGGUCUUGAUGCUGAUCUUAUCAUGCUGGGUCUCGCCACUCACGAACCCCACUUCCGGGUUCUCCGUGAAGACGUUUUCUUCCAGGAGUCGAAGCCUCGGACUUGCAGGCUGUGUGGGCAACCUGGGCACAAAGCCGAGGAAUGUACGGGGAAAGCAAAGGAGAAGAGUGGAGAAUUCGAUGAGAAGCAACAUGCUUCUCCGUUGAAGCCGUUCAUCUGGCUCCAUGUCUCCGUCCUGAGAGAAUAUCUGGCUGCCGAGCUGCAGGUUCCUCAGCAACCGUUCCCAUUCGAUCUUGAACGGGCGCUGGAUGACUGGGUCUUCAUGUGUUUCUUUGUUGGAAACGAUUUCCUCCCCCACUUGCCUUCUCUAGACAUCCGUGAAAACGGCAUUGAUACUCUCAUUGCCAUCUGGCGUGACAACAUUCCUGCCAUGGGUGGAUAUCUAACUCAGGAUGGUCAUGUUGACUUGAAGCGGGCCCAGCUGAUCUUGCAAGGUCUGGCUAAACAAGAAGAUGCCAUUUUUCGACGCCGGCGGCAGGCAGACGAAAGAAAGGCAGCAAAUGACAAGAGACGCAAGGAACAAGAUCAGGCUCGGAAUGAAGAGCGUGCUCGCAAGCGAAGACGUAGCUCUCCUGUCUACGAUGCUAAAAACAACCGAUCUCAGACCGAUGGUGACCCAGAUCCAACAGCCGGCAUGGAACUAAUCACGCCUGGUCGUGGGCACUUAUCUAAGGAGACCAGAGAGUUGACUCAUAAUAUGGUUGUUAACCGUGGAGCCGUAUACCGUGCCAACAUGGAGAACAAGAGUGCCGCCGCUGUGUUGAAGAGCAAGCUCAUGAAGGGUUCACAGGAUGAAACAGCUGCUGACGAAGCUUUGGCCGCCACCGCGGAGAACGGCGAAGACGUUCCUGAGCCGACAUCUCCCUCCGUUCUCGGAAAGAGAAAGGCUGAUGAAAGCACCGAGGCCACUGAGCAGGAGACGGAGGCUGGAACUCCUGGUAGAGACUCACCCCCGGUGCCUCCUCCAAAGCCCAAGGAUGAUGAAAUGCCACCGGACACCGUCAAGCUCUGGGAACCCGGAUAUGCCGAUCGGUAUUACGAGCAGAAAUUCGGCGUCGAUCCUCAGGAUCAUGAGUUCCGCCACAAGGUCGCGCGCGCUUACGCCGAAGGACUUGCCUGGGUCCUUCUCUAUUACUUCCAGGGCUGUCCUUCGUGGGACUGGUAUUACCCAUACCACUAUGCUCCGUUCGCUGCCGAUUUUGUCGAUAUCGCUGACAUGGUGAUUCAAUUUGACAAGGGGAAGCCAUUCAGGCCGUACGAGCAACUGAUGGGAGUCUUGCCCGCGUCGUCGAACCACGCACUGCCGGAGGUCUUCCAUGAUCUCAUGAGCAACCCGGAAAGCGAGAUCAUUGAUUUCUAUCCUGAGGAUUUCGCCUUGGACCUGAAUGGCAAGAAAUUUGCCUGGCAGGGCGUGAUUCUUCUCCCUUUCAUCGAUGAAAAGCGCCUGCUGGCCGCGAUGCAAAAGAAAUACCCUCUCCUGACCGAAGAAGAGCAAAGUCGCAAUACACACGGUCAGGAAGUGCUCUUACUGUCGGAGCGGCAUCCCCUUUAUCAAGACCUUGCAGGCAAUUUCUAUUCCAAGAAGCCCGGACCGCCAGAGUACAAGCUGAACAUGCGUGCGAGCGACGGUCUGGCUGGUCUAGUCGAGCGCAGUGAUACCUAUAUACCCCAUGGCUCGCUAGUUUCACCUCUGGAGGAGUACGGCAUGCCGAGUCUCGAUGACGAUCACUCCCUGACGUAUGUUCCCUUGCCCUUUUCUGUAAUUGAGGCUUUUGCUAACCAUCUUCUCAGUGUGAACUACAAGAUCCCCAAGUCUUCUCACAUCCAUAAGUCUAUGCUGCUUCGUGGCGUCAAGUUCGCGACGCCGAUGCUGAACUCUGCUGAUAUUCGCGCGGUUAAGGGCCGAGCCCAGCACUCAGGUCGGUCAUUCGGUGGCGCGCCGCUCAAUGGCAGAGGACGAGGCGGCCGUGUUGAAUACUCGUCAGACCGGCCCAACCCGUUCGCCGCGCAUCUUGAUCCGCGUUACAUGCCUGCGCCCCCCGGUGGUAUGCCCCCGAUGCCCUCUGGAUGGGUUCCUCCGCCAGGGGCUGGCGACUACUCCAGGGGACCACCUGGGGCCCCUCGUGGUGGAAUGCCCCAUCAAUAUCCCCCGCACCAGGGCCAUGGUCAAUAUCGCGACCACCAAGGACACCAUAAUGGCUACCAGGAUCGGGGUAGAGGUGGAGGCGGCAAUGGUGGUUAUAGAGGAGGAGGCAGAUUCCGUGGCCAGAAUCGCGACCACCACUCAGGCGGUCACCGCGGCGGUGGUGGCAGUGGUGGUGGCUACGGUCGCUACUAG